AUGCCCCUUACCAUUAACGUCCCUCCGCCCCCGUCUUCAGCAGCUCAGCUUGUCCAGGAUGUCAGAAAUCUAAUGACAUGGUUUGGUUUGGUGCAAGUCCUAACAAUACUCCAAGCAGGCCCAAUGGGCCCGACAACACAGCCCACUGUCCUUAGUCAUCGUAUAAGUAGAGAGAGUGAUUCUCCUGUUUAUCUAUUAUCCGAGAGUGAGUCUCGUUGUUCAGAGAGUGAUUCUCAGUGUUUCCUUGUUCUAUUGAGGUUUACGACCCUGUUGAUUAGGCUUUGCGUGUGCUUCGACAUGAGCACCACACGCAGCGGUCGACAGUACAACACCACAGAAUCCAGGCUUGAGCAGCUUAUGGAAUCUAUGUCUCGGCGGAUGGAUUUACUGGCCGACAAAGUAGACACGGUUUGGGAGCACCUCUUCCCUACUGCACUGAACGCGGUAGAUCCCCUUGUGGAUGGUGCCAACCCUGUUGAUGAGGACAGUGCUCCAGAUCGCGACAGCCGCGCCUCCAGUCCUGAUAGUUUGGCUGACCCAAUGGAUCUGCCCAAACAGGAUGACCUUCCUGCCCCCGGACACAACCCCCCACCCACAGUACUUCCACCACCCCCGUUUCCCCAAAUUCGCCCCCCCUUACAUGUUCUCCCACCAAGACCAGUUCCUCCACAUCUCCGAUACCCACCUCCUAGACUUCCUCCCCAACGACAUCCCCUACCUCUGCCACGUUUCACUGAAGCCUCGGUACGACAACCAGAACCCCCACCCCCAUACCCAUACCCUCCAUACCCACACAUACCCCCACAAUAUCCACCGGGCCCACACUCUACACCACACAACUCCUAUGGUGAAGCUUAUUAUGCACCUUCCCACCCUGACCAGGUUGGGCAUCCUAGACAGUAUGAUCACUACACCGAUGUCUCUCGUCGUGUUAAAUUGGAAGUCUCUGAUUUCUCAGGCAAUAUGGAGCCCAACGAGUUUAAAGAUUGGUUGACUGCCUUGGAAGAAUAUCUUCAGUGGUAUAGUGUUCCAGAUUGGUCCAAGGUCCAAUUGGUUAAAGCUAAGUUAAAAGGGGCAGCCAAGGUGUGGUGGUUGAACGUUGAGGAGCAACAAUACCGACUUCAACAGCCAGCAAUUACUGAUUGGGAGAUUAUGAAGGCACGCUUGAGUAAGAAAUAUCUGCCAAAAAAUUACAGAGCACUUAAGUUCCGUGAACUCUUGAAUCUACGCCAGGAUCGUUCUUCGGUAGACGAAUAUGCACACCGUUUCCAUGAUCUUAGUGUGCGCAGUGGCGUGACAGAAGAUGAAGAGCAAACUGUUACUCGUUUCAUCAACGGGCUUAAUGAGGAAAUUAAGAAGCACAUGUUAUCUAUGCAGUUAUCCCUAACCAGCUUGGAAGAGGCCCACCAACUCGCUAAAGAAAUUGAGACUCAGAUGAAACUCUCUACAUCGCGACCGAGACCCACUUCAUUUGAACCCAAGCCUACUGAUGUGCGGGGUUUGCGUAACAAGCCUGAAUCUUCCAACAUGGUCCCUGGGCGUCACAACCAUUCAGGCAAGGCCGUAGAUAAGCCUUCCGAAGGUACCGGACCGAGGUGUUAUAAGUGCAAUGGGAGAGGGCAUUAUGCAGUUUUGUGUCCUACCAAAAACCAGAAGGUUGCCUUGGUCUGCGGUAAUGAUUUACCCGAUCUAACCCCUGACAUGACAGAGGAGACCCCCCUCCAGGAUCCAGCUUAUGAAGAGGAGGAGUUAGAAGCAUCUACAUUGCCCAAUUGUGUCAUUAGGAGGAUUCUCACGGGCCAAGCACGAACCGCCAAUUCAGAUGAGCACUGGCUGCGCACAAGUAUUUUUCAUACUCGGGUUGAAUUUGGUACAGGAGCUCUAGAUGUCAUUAUUGAUAGUGGGAGUGGAAUGAAUGUGGUGGCUGAAGAUCUUGUGAACCGGAUGAGACUUAAAACGACUAAGCAUCCGAUGCCCUAUCGUGUUAGUUGGGUGAAUGAUACGUCGAUACCCGUCAAGCUCCAAUGUUUACUCUCUUUUUCUCUGGGUCGGUAUAAAGAUUCAGUGUGCUGUGAUGUUCUCCCGAUGACAGCUUGUCAACUUCUCCUUGGCCGCCCUUGGCUCUAUGAUCACGAUGUAUCAUACCAAGGGAGAGCUAACACGUAUUCCUUCAUUGAUAAGGGACGCCGCAUCACUCUCAAACCUAUGAGACCAGAUAGCCUUAAAAUUCCCAGCAAUCCUAUCUCAUGUCCUCCUAAAGAGCCUUGUCCUACUAAACCACAAGUCCUUACUAUGACCCAAUUUGAUGAAGCAUGUCAAGAAACUCAGUUGUGCCUCUUUGUGUUGGUCCAACCAGCCCAAUCCAAAAACACCAUUGACUUACCCCUGGACCCAGAACUAUCCCAGCUUCUAAAAGAGCACGCUCACAUUAUGCCCGAGGACCUACCUGAUCACCUACCUCCCAUGCGUUCUAUCCAACAUGCCAUUGACCUUAUCCCUGGAUCCAGCUUACCCAACCUUCCCUCAUACAGGAUGAAUCCUAAGGAACAUGAUGAAUUACGACGGCAAGUGGAAGGUCUCCUGUCCAAAGGUUUUAUUAGGGAAAGUACCAGCCCUUGUGCCGUGCCCGCGCUCCUCACUCCCAAGAAAGAUGGCACGUGGCGCAUGUGUGUGGAUAGUCGGGCAAUCAACAAGCUCACUAUCAAAUAUCGGUUUCCUAUUCCUCGUAUUGAUGAUCUCACGGACCAGCUAUGUGGCGCACAAGUGUUUUCCAAGAUUGACCUUAAAAGUGGCUAUCAUCAAGUCCGAAUUCGACCCGGGGAUGAGUGGAAAACCGCGUUUAAAACCCGGGAUGGCCUAUAUGAGUGGCUUGUUAUGCCGUUUGGGCUUUCCAACGCCCCAAGCACCUUUAUGCGGUUGAUGACUCACGCUUUCCGUCCGCAUAUUGGGAAGUUCGUUGUUAUUUAUUUCGAUGAUAUUCUUGUAUUUAGCAAGUCCCCUUCUGAUCAUAUUUCCCUCCUGCGGGUAGUUUUUCAAGUUUUGCAGGCUGAACAACUUUUUGUCAAUCGACAAAAGUGUCUAUUCCUUCAGUCACAAGUCACUUUCUUGGGGUUUGUUAUUUCAGAUCGGGGUAUUGAAGCAGAUCCAGAUAAAAUCCGGGCAAUUGUGGAGUGGCCUACCCCUACCAGUACACAUGACGUCCGCAGUUUUCAUGGGUUGGCCACCUUUUAUAGGAGGUUUAUUCGUGGAUUCAGUGCGAUAGUGGCACCUCUCACUGAGUGCCUCAAGCUGUCUACAUUUCAGUGGUCUGAUGCUACCAAUACAGCCUUUUUGGACAUCAAGACUCUCAUGACUCACACACCGAUCCUUCGGAUGCCCAACUUUGAGCUGGUUUUUGAAAUCUGUUGUGAUGCCUCUCACAUUGGUAUUGGUGGAGUUCUUAGCCAGGAAGGGCACCCAAUUGCCUUCUUCAGUGAGAAGCUGAAUGAGUGCCGCAAGCGCUAUUCGACUUAUGAUAUUGAACUUUAUGCUUUAGUCCAGACAGUCAAACAUUGGAAGCAUUACUUGGUGUAUCGAGAAUUCAUCCUCUUCACCGACCAUGAUUCGCUGAGACAUCUACAGUCACAACAGAAAUUGAAUGCACGCCAUGCUCGGUGGUUCAACUUUUUGCAACAAUUCAAUUUUGUGAUUAAACAUAAAGCAGGAAAAGACAAUCGCGUCGCCGAUGCUCUCAGCCGACGUAAUCACCUCCUGGUCGCUUUUGAGGCCACAAUCACUGGUUUUGAACAGUUUCCUCACCAGUACGCUACGGAUGUUGAUUUUGCAGAAGUCUGGAUGUCUAUAACAAGCGGUGAUCAAUCCACAGUUGGCAACUAUAUUAUUCAGAAUGGCUUCUUGUUUCGUGAUUUACGUUUGUGUGUUCCCUCGGGAUCCAUUCGUGAAUUUUUGAUUCUUGAACUUCAUGAGGGGGGAUUAGCCGGUCAUUUUGGCAUCGACAAAACCCUGUCCUUGGUCGAAGAUAGGUUCUUUUGGCCUCACCUACGACGGGACGUCACUAAAGUGGUGAAACAGUGUCGAGUUUGUCAAAUAAACAAAGGUGGCAAGCAUAAUACUGGUCUUUACAAUCCUCUCCCCGUCCCCGACCACCCAUGGGAACACUUAAGUCUUGAUUUUAUAUUGGGGUUACCCAAGACAGCGGCUGGUCAUGAUUCUGUUAUGGUGGUUGUUGACAGAUUUUCCAAGAUGGCCCACUUCGUCGCGUGUAGUCGCACACAUGAUGCCUCUCGUAUUGCCUCCCUAUUCUUACGUGAUGUUGUGCGUCUCCACGGUCUUCCUCUCAGUUUAGUGUCGGAUAGAGAUAGGAAAUUUGUGAGCUAUUUUUGGAAGACAUUAUGGAUCAAGUUGGGUACGAAACUCAAGUAUUCUAGCGCCUUUCAUCCCCAAACAGACGGUCAAACCGAGGUGGUGAAUCGCAGUUUGGGUAAUCUUCUACGCUGUUUGGUUAAUGGGCAGGGUAGCUCAUGGGAUGUUGUUCUCCCUAUUGCUGAAUUUGCUUUCAACAGUUCUCGCAAUCGCACUAUUGGUUGUUCUCCUUUUGAGGCUGCUUAUGGCAUCCAACCAAAGGCCCCCAUAGAUCUGCAUGAAUUACCUAGUAAACUUCGACCAAGUGAACUAGCUCUGGAACUGGCAGAUCACCUUCGGUCUGUACACGCUGACAUCAAGCGGCGAAUCAUUCUCAGUAAUGAUAGUUAUAAACAGCAAGCUGAUGCCCACCGUCGCCAUGUCGAGUUUCAAGAAGGGGAUUGGGUCCUUAUUCGACUUCGCGCGGAACGUUUUCCUCAGGGUACGUAUCAUAAACUUCAUGCCCGUAAAGCCGGUCCUUACCAAAUCAAGCAACGGCUGGGUCCCAAUGCUUAUCUUGUGGAAUUACCUGGCACCUUGAAGAUUAGUCCCAUCUUCAAUGUCGAAGACCUUACUUUGUCCAGUCCUCCAGUUGAUGACAGUUUGCCCACACCCUAUCUUCCUUCUGCCUCCCCAGCUGAGGAUGCACCAGCUAGCAUUCUGGAUCACCAGUUCGUCUCGACGCGACGUGGUGGUUAUGAUAAGUUCCUCGUUGCGUGGCAUGAUAAACCUUUCUCUGAAGCCGUGUGGAUGACAGCCACCCAAAUCCAGUCAACCUAUCCCGGCCUCCUGGAGCGCUAUGUAAACCAGUCAUCACCAGAGUUGAUUCCUUCAAGUGGGGAGGGAAUUGGUGCAAAGAGUGAUUCUCAGUGUUUCCUUGUUCUAUUGAGGUUUACGACCCUGUUGAUUGUAAUCCUUGUGUACUGGAUAAUUUCUAUAACGUGCUAUCAGGGAAACGAAGCUUUAGUUCCUGUUCUUGAAUUUGGCCGUGAUAAUAGUUUAGUAGUCGGUGACGUCUGUGUCUUUGAGUUGAUAAAGAGGUCUGAAAUCAAAUUGAAAGUGCAUAUUUUUCGAGUUGAUCAAGAUAAACAUAUCCACCCAUCACAAGGCCAUGGGAGUAGAUGCAACAGAGUUGAGCACAAAAGAAACUCCGAGAAUAAUAUUUUAUCUGAAUGUGCUCGCAAGAAGCAAUGUUGCCAAUCCAGAUUCUGUGAUCAAUUGGCAAGCAACAAGGAUGGUGGAGGACUUUUAAACAACAAGGAGAAGUCUGCAUACAUUUGCAAUCAUGUACUUGUUGAUGGGACUUCACCCAUUUGGAAGUUUACUGAUGAUGUGGGUUUAUGGAGGCCAAGUAAAGAAAAAGUUGCUUAUUUCAAAAAGAAAAACACAUUUCAAGCUUCGAGGACUGGAUUUGAUAAGCUAUAUUCUCUGUUCACUAGGUCAUCAUGA